AUGGAUGAGCCCCGGUCGAAGAAGCAGAAGAUAGGUGCAAACGGCCCAAAAAUUCAAUCAGGUCCUCGGAUCACAGAUCCUCGAUUUGCCAACAUCCAAUCUGAUCCCCGCUAUCGAUUACCGGGCAAGAAAAACAAAGUCAAACUAGACAAACGAUUCAAUCGAGUUCUACAAGACGAAGAUUUCACGAGAAGGGCCAAAGUGGACCGAUAUGGCCGCCCACUCGACUCUAAUGUAGAGCGGAAUAGAUUAAAAAGAAAAUAUGAGUUUAACGAAGAGGAAGACGAUGAGACUGACGAGGCAGACGAUGAUGACGAAGUACAAAAGGAACUGAAAAGAGUUGAACGGGCACAUGAUCCGCUGCGAGAAGGCAGAGAGACGGGGUCUUCCUCAGAAGAGACUUCAAGCGAUGAAGAAUCAGAUGAGGAAGCGGGAGUUGGACCCGCUCAGCAAACCGAUGUGCCUACAGGAGAAGUCACCUCACGCAUAGCAAUUGUCAAUUUAGAUUGGGACAAUAUCCGAGCAGCAGAUCUUAUGGCUGUAUUCAACAGUUUUCUGCCUUCCAACGGCUCAUUGUUAAAGGUGUCAAUCUACCCGAGCGAAUUCGGCAAAGAACGCAUGGAACGUGAAGAAAUGGAAGGGCCACCGAAAGAAAUUUUUGCCAACGGCACAAAAGACGACCGGAACCAAGGAUCAGAGGAUGAAGAUGAGGAUAUCAAGAAAUCCAUCCUCCAGCCCGACGACGGUGCGGAUUUUGAUUCUGCCGCCCUGCGACGGUACCAAUUAGAACGCCUCCGAUACUUCUACGGCAUCCUCACAUUUUCUUCUCCUUCUGUUGCAAAACACAUUUACGACGCUGUCGACGGAACGGAAUACUUGCGGACAGCCAACUUCUUCGACCUUCGCUUCGUUCCCGAGGACACGGAUUUCUCCACUGAUGCUCCGCGAGAAGAAUGUGACAGGAUCCCAGACGACUACCGACCCAAUGAUUUUGUCACUGAUGCCCUACAGCACAGCAAAGUGAAGUUGACCUGGGACGCCGAAGACGGGAGCAGAAAGGAGGCAGUAGCAAGAGCAUUCAAAGGCGGCCAGAAAGAAAUCGACGAAAAUGAUCUGAAAGCCUACCUUGGUUCGGACAGUUCUGAAGACGAAGACGUCGAGAGACAUGAGGGUUCGGGCCCAUCAAUGUCGAAAAAGGAAGCGGAGAGACAGCGCAUGCGGGCUCUACUAGGCCUAGCUCCCGAACCGGAAAAGACGUCUAGAAAGAAAACGGUCCCUGUAGGAGACAUGCAGAUCACCUUCACAUCCGGUCUGACAGCCGCGAAUGGGAAUGGGAAGAAGAGAUUCGUGUUUGAAAAUUCGCCAGAACCGGAGGAGACGACAUUGGAGAAGUAUGUGCGCAAAGAGCGUGAGCGCAAACAAAAACGCAAAGAGAAGAUGAAAGCUGCCCGUGAAGGCCGUGACUUAGACGUGGACGCCGACGACACGGCUAAUGCCGAUGCUGAAGCUGGUGAGGGAAAAGAGGACCUGGGCUUCGACGAUCCCUUCUUCGCAGAUGCUGAUGCACAACCCUCGGCCAAGUUGGAAAAAGCAGCCUCCCACAAGAUGCGCAAAGAAGAACGCUUGAAGAAAAAGAAAGAGCGUGAAGCCGAAGAAGAAGCCGAGCGCAAACAGCGCGCUGAAUUAGAAUUGUUGAUGGCCGACGACGAUGGCGGGACCCCAGCCCAACCGCAGCGUAUCCGACACUUCGAUAUGAAAGAGAUUGAAAAGGCUGAGAAACAGGCGCGGAAGAAAGAGAAACGAGACAAGAAUAAGAACAAGAAGGGCCAGCACGACGACAACGAGGCGAACAAGGGUAUACAAGACGAAGACGGAUUCAAAAUCGACACUUCAGAUCCGCGCUUCGCUCGUCUCUUCUCAAGUCACGAAUAUGCGAUUGACCCGACAAAUCCGCGCUUCAAAGGUACCAAGGGGAUGAAAGCGCUAUUGGAAGAGGGAAGGAAGAGGAAGCAGAAGGAUCUGGAUAGUAAGAAGGACGCUUCGAAUGCAAAUGUCAAACGGACCACCGGCAAUGAUAAGAGAUCAGGAGAUAAGGCUGCGAAAGCCACAGGUUCUGGUGUCGAUGGAGUUGAGGAUGUGAAGAGGCUAGUUGAGAAGAUCAAGCGACAAAACCAGAGUCAAAAGGAGAAGCAAAGAUAA